AUGUUCUGGCGAUUUGGGGGAUAUGCGAGUAUCUCCACCAUCGAUACCCUGCUCGACAAACCCGAUGUCACUCUUGAGGAGCUUCUAGAGGAGGCUGAAAUCAUUCAAGAAUUGAAACAGCUUAAUACGAAACUCAUUGAAUACCUGCGCGAGGAUCAUGUCUUGAAACGGCUUAUGGACUAUGUCACUGCACCGAGCUUGGUGACUGAUGACGAAGAAGAUGACGAAGAUGAUACCAAGGCGAAAAAUGUCUCAGAGAAGGAUAAAGAUGCUACCACGACGGAGCAGACGGACAUAGAUGAAGAGAAGGAGAGAGAUCCGUUGAAAGAUAUUCUUGGCGCGGAUGAUCUGGACAAGCUCGAGAAGAAUCGGCUGAAGCAUGCCUAUAUUGCGUGUGAAAUUCUCUCGUCUGAGACUUGGUCCAUCCUUGAGUCUAUGAUGGCAAACCCUUCAUAUCUGCGAGACUUCUGGGGCUUCCUACGACGAUCCCCACCGCUCGAUUCUUUGCAGGCAAGCUACUUCACAAAAGUAAACGAAACCCUGCUUGAUAAAAAGACCGAGGAGAUGUUGGGUUUCCUCAAGUCCCUCGAUGGGAUUGUUCCGGCAUUGUUGCAGCAUGUUGAUAACCCGAUGGUCAUGGAUCUUCUUUUGAAGAUUAUCAGUCUUGAGAAGGCAGAGGGUGGCCAGGGUACCGUCGACUGGCUCAAAUCACAGGAUCUGAUACCCAAUCUCCUGUCUUUCUUGUCACCCGAUCGCCCGGCACCUGUUCAGACAUCCGCAGGUGAUUUCCUAAAAGCGAUCAUUACCAUCUCCGCAAAUGCCAGCCCGAACGACCAGUCAUGUAUCGGCCCGAACAGCUUGACACGUCAGCUCGUUUCUUCCCAGUGCGUGCAACAGCUCAUUGAUGCUAUGCUCAAGGGUGGCAACCCCCUGACUGUGGGCGUUGGUAUCGUCAUCGAGGUCAUUCGUAAGAAUAAUUCCGAUUACGACCCAGAGUCUCUUGGUGGCCCUGAUUCAAUGCUUACAACUUACGAUCCAAUCUAUCUUGGAACGUUGCUUCGCCUUUUCGCCAAACAUAUUCCCCAGUUCAUGGCUCUCAUCCAAAGUUCCCAACACACUAUUCACGAUGGAAAUAAGCUCAAGACUGUUGAGCGAGGAAAGUUGAGCUCUGCAUGGGGCGGUAAAAUUGAGCCCCUUGGGUUUGACCGAUUCAAAACAUGUGAAUUGAUGGCAGAACUACUUCACUGUAGUAAUAUGGGCCUCUUGAAUGAACCAGGCAGCGAUGAGUAUGUCAGGCAAAGAGAUGAGGAGCGUGAGCGGUUGAUUCGGGAAGGAGCCUUCCACGCUCAUCCAGAGGAGAACUCUGGGAUUGACUAUAAUGAUAACACGGCUGAUUUCGCAAACGAUUCAGCCUUCGGUCCUGAAUCUCCAGAAGAUAUCAAGAUCACAGAAGCGCCAAACAUGGGCGAAGAAGAAGGGUUUGAGGAUGUCGGUGCAUCCGGCGUCUUGGUGAACGAGAAAUCCAGCGCAGACACAACGACUACUGCAAUCUCACAGCCAACGGAAACGAUCCGCGAGAUUCCUUCAACAGAGAAUACAGCUGCGGAGCCAGCAUCUUCCGAAGAACCCACAAAUCCUCCUCAAAAUUCCACUGCCCCCAUUGACCCUUCGUCGCCUAGCAUUGGUCUUCCUGACCAAGUUGGCAAUAUCAAUCUCGAAAACACACCACAAGAGGAGCAGCAAAAGCCUGGGAAGGACCGAGAGCCUGUGACUUCUCUUCCCCAAGAUGUCCCUGCUCCUUUGUUCUCAAGCGAACAGGCAUCGGGUUCAAACCAGAGCCUUGCGAAUCAAACGGAAGAGAAAUCUACCGCCAACGAGCAGACCGAGGGAAAAAGUAACCUGAACGACGGAGGAGACGAGGACUCCGUCGAACAAUAUAUCCAAAUUGACACCGACGGGCGUCCUGUGGUUGGUGAUUACUUGAAGAUCCAGUUCGUAGAAAACAAAGUGGUCCCAACUAUCUUGGGUUUCUUCUUCCGUUUCCCAUGGAAUAAUUUCCUCCACAAUGUUGUUUACGAUGUGAUUCAACAAGUCUUCAAUGGGCCUAUGGAGCGUGGCUAUAACCGAGCUCUUGCAGUCAAUGUAUUUGAGAUAGGAAAAAUUACCACUGCGAUUGUUGAAGGACAAAAGCGCAGUGAUGAGACUCAGCGGACCAAACAAAUCCGCCUUGGAUACAUGGGCCAUCUUACUCUUGUUGCAGAGGAAGUUGUCAAGUUCAGCGAGCGUCACCCGCCUGAGUUGCUUUCACGAUCCGUUAUGGAGAGUGUUUUGAAUCCCGACUGGAUUGAGUACGUUGAACAGACUUUGUCCGAGACUCGAGAGCGUGACAAUGCCAUUCUCGGCGGUGUUCGCCCUGAUAUUUCGGUUGGGUCCCGCCAGUCUAGUCUGAACAACACCAACUCUGCCCAGAGCUUUUCUAAUUCCAACGCUCUGUCAGAUGCAGGGUUAAACGGAGGAAUUGGUGGCUCAACCUUCCAGAGCUUCGAUCUCAACCAGGGAGGCAUCUCAGGUGGAUCCUUCACUGGAGGUGGCACCUCCCUCUUGAGUGGCUUUGCUAGCUCAAGCGAUGACGAGGAUGAAGAAAUGGAGGAUCAGGACGACAGGGACUCCGGAAACGCUGACCUAGGCGAUACUGACAAUGUGUCAACAAGUUCAGCAAGCCAACCUAUUCCUAUCUUACCCCCACCACCUGCUCCACUGAGCCUUGGUCCAUCACGGGCUCGCCGUCAAUUAGCUGCGCGCCUUGCCGCCCAAAAACAGCAAUCACCCGACAAUAUGGAGGGCGACGGUGAAGGCGGAGGGGUCGGAGGAAGUGAAAAUCGAGACUCAGACUGGCCAAGCAACCCAUUCGUAAUUGCAGGAAUAGACGAUGAUGCCGAAGGAGGCAGCUCGGCGUUCCCCCACAGUGACUUUGGUUCCGCCAAUGCCAAACAUUCACCUACCUUCCCAACGUCGGGAUUCAGCCCUCCAGACUCGCUGUCGACCAACUCAUCUGAAGACGAAAACGAUGGCCACGCGGAGUCUGUGAGGCGCCAGGUACGUGUACCCCUCGAAGUCGAGGAUGACGAUGACGACGAGAUGGGAGAGAUGGUUGGACCGAGUAGCGGCAUGAUGGACUCGGACGAUGAAGACGAGGCCAUCAUCAAUGAAUCUCUGGGUUACUCUAACCUCUCGGGGCCCGGUCGGUACAACAAUUUCCGCCGACCCCGGGCUGUCAGCUCCCAUUACGAUGACGAGCAAAACGACAGCAGUGAUGGCGAGGAUGAUGGGCUUGUAGAGAUCUUGGUUCCUGGCCGCAAGUCUUCGACUUCGAAUUAA